AGAAUGUGAUUGUAUGAUAAAUUACCUCGAAUCGCAGAACUAAUUAAAACUAAGUUUUAAAUAACCUUAUCUCUGUUUCAUUGUAAUCACAUUAAAUACAAAUGUGCCGGUUUCACUAUGCUGUUGUAAAAACAUGUAGAACUGUCCCCCGUAUUUUUAAACAUCAAGCGCACUAACCCCCCAAAGUAAAUUGGCAAAUAUACGGAAUAUUUUAGCAAAUAUACGGUAAAGGAGCGGCGACGCAGAAUCAAGCUCUUUCUAUUGGUUGACUUUUCUGUCAAUCGUUCCUAAAGCCGUCACCCGUCUGCGGCGUCCCUUCCUCAAGCGACGCUGUAUUUCAGAAGCAAGCCCAACCUUCUUUUCCAUUGGCUGCUAGCCUACAUGGCAUUGGGAACACUCCGGGAAUUCGGCUUUUACGAUUGGUUCACCUGGUGGCUUAUUCAAACCAGGCUGCUUCGAGGCUGGGGCUUCCGGCGUUGGUGGUGAUGUUUGACAAGAGAGGCCGCCCAGCAAAAUUAAGAGCUGUUGAUGGACCGGCCUCCUGAAGAGGGCGCUGUAGAAUGGGACAGAGCAACUCUGAACCAGACACUGACUCCUCUGAUGAUGGGCUAAUGAACAUCAAGACUUUUGUGGAAGAUCAGCUUCAGACCAGCAUGAUGGUGGGGAUAGUUAUCGGCGCUGGUAUAUCCAUCAUCCUCAUUGCCAUCCUGAUCUUCUUUGUCCUCCGGCGGGUCCAGCUAAGGAAGCUCCAGGCUCAGGAAGCUCCCAAAUAUCGCUUCCGCAAGCGAGACAAGGUCAUGUUCUACGGCCGGAAGAUCAUGCGUAAGGUCUCUCAGUCCACAUCGUCUCUUGUGGGGACCACAGCCUCCCGUCCACGUUUGAAGAAGAAACAGAAGAUGCUCAACAUUGCCAAAAAGAUCUUGCGGUUUAAGAAGGAGAUGCCCACGCUGCAGAUGAAGGAGCCUCCUCCCUCGGUGCUGGAGGCCGAUCUGACGGAGUUUGACGUGGCCAAUUCCCACCUGCCCUCCGAGGUGCUCUACAUGCUGAAGAAUGUCCGGGUGUUGGGCCACUUUGAAAAGCCCCUGUUCCUGGAGCUGUGCAAGCACAUGGUGUUCCUGCAGUUCCAGCAGGGGGAGUAUGUCUUCAGGCCGGGACAGCCAGACAGCAGCAUUUACGUGGUGCAGGAUGGGAAGUUAGAGCUGUGCCUUACUGGACAGGAUGGGAAGGAUGGGGUUGUGAAAGAAGUGUACCCAGGAGACAGUGUUCAUAGCCUGCUGAGCAUUCUGGAUGUCAUCACAGGUCAUCAGAAGCCUUACCGGACAGUGUCUGCGCGAGCAGCUGAGAUGUCGACUGUGCUGAGACUUCCUGUGGAAGCCUUCCUGUCCAUCUUUGAGAAAUACCCAGAGAGCUUGGUGCGAGUGGUACAGAUCAUUAUGGUUCGUCUACAGAGGGUAACAGUGCUGGCUUUGCACAACUACCUGGGUCUAACCAAUGAGCUCUUCAGCCAUGAGAUGCAGCCUCUGCGGUUGCUGCCCCAGGCCUCUCACCCGUCCCGCACCAGCCCCGUCCGGCACAGCAAGCGUUUCAUCAGCACGUCCAUCUGUGAGGACCACCGGGACAGCACAGCCAAGUCAGGGGAGCUAGCCGGUGGUGAUCACGUUCGGGAUGGUGCCACAGUGCCAACCUUAAGCCGUGCCAUUUCCAUGCCAGUGGAUAUUGCAGGGAUCCAGAAGGGCUUGCGCUCUGACUUCGACAUGGCGUAUGAGAGGGGGCGUAUAUCUGUGUCCCUGCAGGAAGAUGGGACUGCUUCUGCCACGCCCACUUUCUCACGGUCGGUAUCCCAGGAGCCCCGCGAGAGGAAGUCUGUAACAGUAGAGGAGCAGCCCUCAGGGGUGUACUUGUACCCCGAAGAGGACGUCCUAGACAGUCUAUAUGGGCCACUUCAUGGCAAGCAUGCCAAUAAUCUGUUCGAGGAGGCCAAGAACGAAGUGCUCAAACUCAUGCGCAUUGAGGACGCAGCUCUGCUGAAUGGGCGCAUCACACUGCAUCACGCCAAGGCUGGGUCAGUGCUGGCACGACAGGGUGACCAGGAUGUGAGUCUUCACUUUGUGCUCUCCGGCUGCCUGCAUGUGUAUCAGCGCAUGAUUGACAAGCUGGAGGAUGUGUGCCUGUUCAUCACGCAGCCUGGGGAGAUGGUGGGCCAGCUGGCUGUGUUGACCGGAGAGCCUCUUAUCUUCACCAUCAAAGCCGUGAGAGACUGCACCUUCCUCAAAAUCUCCAAGUCCGACUUCUACGAGAUCAUGCGGGAGCAGCCCAGUGUUGUCCUCAGUGCUGCCCACACCGUGGCAGUGCGGAUGUCAGCAUUCGUGCGCCAGAUGGACUUUGCCAUUGACUGGAUGGCUGUGGAAGCAGGCCGGGCACUUUACAGGCAGGGGGACCAGUCAGAUUGCACCUACAUUGUCCUGAAUGGACGUCUCCGCUCGGUCAUCCGUAAGGCCAAUGGCAAGAAGGAGCUGGUAGGAGAGUAUGGAAGAGGGGAUCUCAUAGGAGUGGUGGAGGCACUGACCAGGCAGCCUCGUGCCACCACUGUCCAUGCAGUCCGUGACACUGAACUGGUGAAGCUGCCUGAGGGCACCCUCAACAACAUUAAGAGGAGGUACCCACAGGUUGUGACCAGACUGAUCCACUUGUUGGGACAGAAGAUUUUGGGGAACCUCCAGCAAGUUCGAGGCCCUUUAUCUGGUUCAGCUUUGGGAUUAUCCGCAGUGGGCACCAGCCACGACGUUACCAACCCUGCCAGCAAUCUGUCCACUGUGGCAGUGUUGCCCAUCUGCGAUGACGUGCCAGUCAAUGCCUUCAACCUGGAGCUGAGUCAUGCCCUCAAUGCCAUUGGUCCCACCCUCCUCUUAACCAGUGACAUCAUCCGAGAGCGCCUGGGAGCUUCAGCUUUGGAUAGUAUUCAUGAGUACCGUCUGUCAGGCUGGCUGGCCCAGCAGGAGGAUAUUAACCGCAUCGUGCUGUACCAGACUGACAGCACCAUGACCCCCUGGACCCAGCGCUGCAUUCGACAAGCUGACUGCAUCCUCAUUAUUGGGCUGGGUGACCAGGAGCCCACUCUGGGAGAGCUGGAGCAGAUGCUGGAGAACACUGCAGUCCGAGCCCUCAAGCAGCUCGUUCUCCUGCACAAGGAGGAUGGGCCCGGCCCAGCACGCACUGUCGAAUGGCUCAACAUGCGCAGCUGGUGCUCCGGGCACCUCCACCUCAAGUGCCCUCGUCGUGUCUUCUCUCGGCGCAGCCCCACCAGGCUGAGGGAGAUGUACGAGAAGGUGUUUGAAAAGACGGUGGACCGGUACAGCGAUUUCUCCCGGUUGGCCAGGGUUUUGACAGGAAACAGCAUUGCGCUGGUCCUAGGAGGAGGGGGCGCCAGGGGCUGUUCUCACGUGGGGGUGAUUAAGGCCAUGGAGGAGGCCGGCAUCCCCAUAGACAUUGUGGGUGGAACAUCCAUUGGCUCCUUCAUCGGGGCGCUGUAUGCCGAGGAGCGUAGCGCAGUACGCACCAAACAGAGGGCGCGAGAGUGGUCCAAGUCCAUGAACUCGGUGUUUAAGACUGUGCUGGACCUCACCUAUCCUAUCACCUCCAUGUUCUCAGGGUCUGCGUUCAACACCAGCAUCUCCAAGGUGUUUGAGGACAAGCAGAUAGAGGAUUUGUGGCUGCCUUACUUCAACGUGACAACCGAUAUCACGGCUUCAGCAAUGCGUGUCCACAAAGAUGGCUGUGUCUGGCGCUAUGUCAGAGCGAGUGCAUCCUACACCCCCUAUUUACCUCCUCUCUGCGACCCCAAGGAUGGUCACUUGCUUGUGGAUGGCUGCUAUGUAAACAAUGUCCCAGGCUCACUGUGGCGCUAUGUGCGGGCUAGCAUGACCCUUUCCGGGUACCUGCCUCCACUUUGCGACCCCAAAGAUGGCAACUUGCUCAUGGAUGGCGGCUACAUCAACAACCUGCCAGCCGAUAUGGCCAGGAACAUGGGCGCCAAAACGGUGAUUGCCAUCGAUGUGGGGAGCCAGGACGAGACGGACCUGUGCAACUAUGGGGACUGCCUGUCUGGCUGGUGGCUGCUGUGGAAACGCAUUAACCCCUGGGCGGAAAAAGUAAAAGUGCCCGACAUGGCUGAGAUUCAGUCCAGGUUGGCCUACGUGUCCUGCGUCCGGCAGCUGGAGGUGGUCAAGAACAGUGCCUACUGCGAGUACAUCCGACCCCCCAUCGACCGCUUUAAGACCAUGGACUUUGGCAAGUUUGACGAGAUCUACGACGUGGGCUACCAGCAUGGUAAAGUAGUGUUCAAUGCCUGGAGCCGAGGGGACAUCAUUGACAACAUGCUAAAGGACAGGCGCUCAGCCGAUUUCAACGAGAGCAAGAAGGCGGAUAUUUGCCCUGGGGCAGACUUCACGGACCUCGCUGAGAUUGUGUCCAGGAUUGAGCCGGUCCAUAGCUACGUGUCUGCAGAAGCAGAGGAAUCGGACUGCCUGACGGAAUAUGAGGAUGAUGGAAUGGACACGGUACGAGAGGAAGAGGGUGAGGAAGAGGAGGAGGAGCCAGAGGAGCAGGAUGAUCAGUCCCCCGGGGAGUGGGGACAGAAUGGGGUGUUUGAGGAUGAGCUGAAGUCUGUUCGGAACCGACGGAAGAAAACCAGUGACUCCAAUACCUGCUCUGAGAUCUCCGACUCAUAGCAGAGGCACUGGAGCAGCAGUAGUGACCAUAACUGCCUACAGAAAGUUUUGGAUUUUGUACAAUUUUUUCGAUCCAGGGACAUCAUUUACAAAGAGCUUGGCACACUCAACACAGCUUGUCUAUACUGGCUUAACCAGUCCCAUUGCGGGAGACGUGUACAGACUGUAACUCUUGGAACCAAACCUUUUCAGCUGCUGUGCUUAAACAUACAUCUUUCCAAGAUCCAAGACAGAGAACAAAAUGCAUACAGCAUUAACAGAUUUUCCAAUUUUCUGUUCCUAGCUGUGCAAUCGUUAACCUGUCAAUUCUGCCGUUCUACUGUGAUUGUUUCAUGAGCACUUUCCUCUCUCACUCUCCUCAUUAAUUUUCCUAAAACACUACAUCAAUCAGCACUUGAGCUGUUGCAUCCAAAAUAUUGAGAAACACUGUUCACUGUGGGUGGCAUUGGUGUAUUGCAUUCUGGGUAACGUGGCCUAGCCUUGGUGCAAGCCUGAUGUUAGCCUGUUCUGAAAAAUAUGCCUGAUUAUUUUCUUUAAACAAUUGUUUGUUGAACAUCUCUCUGUUGAGAUCUGGUUCAAAUCACGUUGAUUUCUGUUUCCAGCCUGAGCAACCCAAUACAUCGGCUAAAGUCCCAAACUGUAAAUUCCAACCUUAAGCUGAUGGAGAAGGGUCAAGAGGCCUCCAGUUGCUAGGAAAGUGCAUAAAUCUAUUAUCUACUAUUUUUUCAUGAACUCUAAUGAAAGCAAGAGAGACGUUUAUUUUAUAGUUUGAAGUUUACGUGCUCAGCUUGAGUGUGUGCAAAGGGUGGAUGUGUUUUUUCUAGUUUCCAGCUCUGCUGAUCGGAACAGAAAGAGGAAGACCACACAUCUUCAUUCCCAGGGAAUGAGUGUAGGUCUGCUAUGUGAUUGCUCAUGGGCUCUUUAGGUUCAGAGCAGUAAGAACAAGAAUCAUGUCUUCCUCCAAGUUCAUUCAGUUUGUGAAACUUUUCUUAUCAUCCUUAAAUUACGACACUGUGGUGAAAAUACACUUUCUCUUACAUUACACUUUCUUGUCAUUGACAUAUGAUUUUGAUUCAACAAGGUCUGCACAGUAUUACUGCAAUGUCUCCUUAUUAUAAUAAACCAGAGCAUUACAAUAGUCUGUUACAAGACAGAACAGUCACAUGAUGUUUAGUUCAAUACUCUUCCUCAUCCUGCCAUCUCUUGGUUUCCAUAUCUGUUAUAAAUGUCAACAAUCCAGUGCAUAACUCCCUGAAUAGUCCCUAAAUUUGUGAUUGAGGGCUGCCGAUUUUAUUGUGGUAGAGAAUGAUAAAGCACCAGGAUUAAGACAAGCUCCAGAAUAACCUCAAACUUUUUUUAACUACUUCCAAACUUUUUUUCUGUUCGGAGUACACUUAGCUGAUUUGCAAGAAAUAGGUGUGCUGACUCACAACUGUCAUAAAAUUGGGCCCAUCCCCACUUUUGAAUAAAAAAAAUUACUCCUUUAUGAUUAUGAAAAAAAGAAUUGCAGCUGUGUAUGACUGGUUAUAUCAGUUUUAUAGGGACAUUCCUGUUUUUACUUUGUAGUGGUUUUGCUUGUGAACCAUAAUAUUUAUGGGCACAUUGCUUUAGAAAAUGAGGAUAUAUAUUUGGUUUAUUAGAUUCUGAUUACCCUUUUAUUUUUAUUUUUGUCUCAGUUUUGAUAAAUUCUCUUGCACAAGACAAAGAACUAAAAGAAUUCAGUGUUCUUUAAGUUCUUUUUUGCACUGAAUCUUGAUAGACUGAGCGUUUUUUUAUAUGACUCGUGGUUUGGUGAUAUAAUUAAAAGCAUUUCUUUUACCCAAAAAAAGUUUUUAAAUUGUUCUUUAACUCAAAUAAACCACUAAAAUACAUUAUUAUAAAAUAACUAAGUAUAGAUGUACAUACUUUGUUUCUUUAGGAUUGCUUUAGCUUUUUGCACUGAUAUGGAUGUAAAAUAAUGGAAAGACUGAAAUUGUUUUUUUUUGGUUGUUUGGACCUGACAUGAAUGUUACAGGAGAGCAGGAUUAUGAAGAUGUUAUAUAACAGAUGUGAUGUAAUUUAAAAAUAUAUAUAUACAGUAUAAUUGAAUAAUAUAAAUUAAUGACAAA